AUGAUACGGGUAAAGCUUGUGAAAAAGAAAAGGCUCUUGUUGAAGAAAGAGACAUUAAAAGUUAUGAUUCUAGAGAAAAUUAAACAUAUUAGCUGGAUGAUAGAGAGCAUCCUUGAGAGUUCUCUCUCCUUCGAUGUCCAAAAGGAACAGUGGGAAUCUUGGAGGUGUUUGAAAGGUGUGUAUAGAAAAGAAUUGAUGCGCGGUGGGAGUGAAAGAAGGUGA